UCCGCCUGGUUGCCAGGGCGACGGGUACACACAGUGCGGCCCUGCGCGGGCGCGCAGCCCGCUGCGCCGCCGCCAUGAGCCAGCGGCAGGUCCUGCAAGUUUUCGAGCAGUACCAGCGCGCCCGGACGCAGUUCGCGCAAGCGGUGGCCGAGCUCGCCUCCCGGCCGCAGAACAUCGAGACCCUCCAAAACGCAGGUGUAAUAUCUUUGCUGAGACCUCUUUUGCUGGAUGUUGUCCCAACUGUUCAACAGACUGCUGCUUUGGCUCUUGGGAGACUUGCCAAUUAUAACGAUGACCUGGCAGAGGCAGUCGUGAAGGGAGACAUUCUUCCACAGCUCGUGUGUUCAUUGUCUGAGCAGAAUCGUUUCUACAAGAAAGCAGCUGCAUUUGUACUAAGAGCAGUUGCUAAACAUUCUCCACAGCUAGCUCAGGCAAUAGUUCAGUGUGGAGCACUGGAAAUGCUUGUGAUUUGCUUGGAAGAUUUUGACCCUGGAGUCAAAGAAGCUGCAUCUUGGGCGCUUGAGUAUGUUGCCCGACACAAUUCAGAACUGUCACAAGCUGUGGUGGAUGCAGGCGCUGUUCCCCUUUUAGUGCUCUGUAUCCAGGAGCCAGAAAUUGCUUUGAAAAGGAUUGCUGCUUCAACUCUCAGUGAUAUUUCAAAGCAUUCUCCAGAGUUAGCACAGACAGUAGUGGAUGCAGGAGCUAUCGCUCACUUAGCUCAGAUGAUCCUGAACCCUGAUGCUAAACUGAAGCGUCAGGUGCUGUCAGCUCUAAGCCAAAUAGCAAAGCAUUCAGUGGAUCUUGCAGAGUUGGUGGUUGAAGCAGAAAUUUUCCCAGUUGUGCUCACAUGCCUGAAGGACUCAGAUGAAUAUGUCAAGAAAAAUGGUGCAACUUUAAUUAGAGAGAUAGCAAAGCAUACGCCUGAGCUUUCACAGCUUAUAGUAAAUGCAGGUGGAGUUGCUGCUGUGAUUGAUUGUAUUGGCAGCUGCAGAGGGACUGUCAGACUGCCUGGCAUCAUGAUGCUUGGUUACGUAGCAGCUCAUUCGGAGAACCUGUCAAUGGCAGUGAUUGUCUCUAAGGGAAUACCACCACUGUGUGCCUGCUUGCUAGAAGAACAGGAAGAUCAUAUUAAGGCAGCAGCUGCUUGGGCCUUGGGCCAGGUUGGAAGACAUACUCCUGCGCAUGCACGUGCUGUUGCAGUAGCAAACGUGCUACCUACACUGCUUGCUAUGUAUGUGGACACACGCAGUUCAGAAGACCUUCAAAUGAAAACUAAAAAAGCCUUAAAGAACAUCCUUCAGAAAUGCACCUAUCUUCCGGCACUUGAACCAUUGCUGCAUGAUGCCCCUCCCAAUAUUAUGAAACAUAUUGUUGGGCAGUUUAGUAAGGUGUUACCACAUGACAGUAAAGCACGUCGUCUCUUUGUAACAACUGGUGGACUUAAAAAGGUUCAAGAAAUAAAAGCAGAGCCUGGGUCACUUCUUCAAGAAUAUAUCAACACUAUUAACAAUUGCUAUCCAGAAGAAAUAGUAAGGUAUUAUUCCCCUGGAUAUUCUGAGAUGCUUCUGGAAAGGGUGGAAAAUUACCAUCCAGUUUUAUAAACCUCAAAAUUUUUAUUAGAGCUGUAAUACAAAUACAGCCGUUGAAACUUGUUUGAUUCUGAAAUCUUCUACUGUUUGAACUACUGAAAGAGCUCGGCAAUUCCAGCAAGCUGUAUUUUGUUCUUUAUAAACUUGUUUGUUGCUAAGUUUUUGUUCCUUUUUGUUUUUCUCUGACAUCACUCCCAUUUGCAGCAUAUAUGAAUGGAAUUUCAUGCAGGGGUGAUGAUUUAUCACAGAAGCUUUUUUAGAAUCGGUCAUUUCCUUUUCCUUCCACAAGAAAGGUUUGUUGUUAUCUCAUUCAAAUUUUAGCCUUUUCAGUACUGUAACCAUUUUCCCCUUUUGCCUCUGCAUAUUGUUUAGAGCUUCCCAAGCUUGAUGAGGGGGAAAAAGCUGGCUCCUGUGCUUUUUCUAAUUAUGGAAUCCAUUCUGUGGUGAGGUAUUGCCUACUGCUACCUUUCAGAAAGCAAAGUGAUAUGAUUUUGCAUCUCCAAACAUGUUAGUAGCUGCUAUACGUAAAGAAAUAAUCAGAUCUGAUGGUGAUAAAAGGGUUGAAUUCUGCAUGAUAUGUGACAGUCUGGUGGUCCUGGCAUGGUAGAGGAUACAUCUUCUCAAAAGUUCUAAUUCAGGCAGGAUUCACUGUGGAGGGAAGCAGCAAUACCCUGUUUGGUGUAUGCAUUGUUGUUCUUCUUGGAAAGGACAGAGUGAACUUAGAACUUCCAUGGGCACAAAGGACCCUCCGAGGUUCGUCUGCAUUUGGAUCAGCAGCAAAUUUAUGCAGCUCAGAAGAGAAAACUGCUUGGUUGCAGGAAGAGUGUUAGCAAAGUUCUGAGCACGUUCAGAGGGGACCCGCGUGAUGGGACUAAGGCUGUUCAGUACUUGUUCUUCAAGAGCUGAAAUUACUGCAGAAUUGAGUUGAAACACACUUGAAACUUAGUCUUGAAGUUGCAGAAUGCAUUGACGUGGAGGUUAUUGGAGAUGUGAGCUCUUGUUUGUCUGUAGAACAUCCUGAGAGAUUAGAGUGAAAAGACUUUUACAUUCUGCUUAUUCCUCUGGUGUACUGUAGCAGCGGGGAGCAGCGUACAACCCUUUAGUAUUGCCUAAUAUGUAAAUGUAAUUUACCAUUUUUUGUUCUUCUAACCAUUUUUCUUUUCCUCGGAUGCAGCUGUUUCUUGUGGGUUUUUUUAAUUUUUUUUUUUUUCCCAAAGGGUAAUAAAGAGUGUUUCUGGAACGGGAUGUUGAAAUACUGGCAGCCACAAGGAAAGACAAUAUUUGAAAACCCCCGCAGGAGACAAACUUGUCUACUUUCUUAAACAUAUUAACUGAUUGAGUUUAUAAAGCAGGGAUAGUCUCCUCUAUUACUCGUAAAACAGGAGCAAAAACUUAUUGCAGUUGGAAAUGAUUUAGAGUGGCUUUUCUCUGCAAAAUUCCAAAUGACUAUUUUCUUUUAUCCUUGUCAGCGUAUUUUUCAACAGUUCACAAAAACAUUGAUGGGCUAUCUUGUGUAAAGGUUUAAUUCUACAGAGGGCUGUACGGCUCCUGUGAGGUACUUGAUGCCCUCAGACUGCUCUUCAAGAGGAGCAGGGGAUGCAUGGUACCUUGUUGUAUGGAGUCUGAGAUGGAAACUCUUGGUGACAUGAAUGCUGGUAUAGAAACCCCACCAGCUGGGUUUUUUCCUUAGCACACAUCAGAGUGAAAAGUCUUGGAACUGACUAGCUUCUACUAAAUGCCUUUUCAGUUUUGGUGUUCAUAUUCUGACAUUAUUAAUGCUAGGACACUAGUAGAAAAAACAUUAGGUCUAUUAAAAAGAUUUUUGUAAUAAUUUUCUCAUACACAUUAUGGAUAUUUAAAAAUAAACUCUUAUACAGUCUCUAAAAGAAAAUGUAAUGGAAAGUCUUCCAGACAGUCUUGAAGGAUCUGAAGCCUUUAUUUUCCCUAACAGAACAGAAAUGGUGCAGAGGGCUGAACGCAGUCGCAGUGCAGAUGGGAGGCAGGGUAGGCAUGGAGCUGUGUACUGUCCUGGUUUCAGCUGGGAUAGGGUUAAUUUUCUUCUUGGUAGCUGGUGCAGUGCUGUGUUUUGGAUUUGGUGUGAGAACAACCCUGAUAGCACACUGAUGUUUUUGGGUGUUGCUGGGUGAUGUUUAUACUAAAUCAAGGACUUUUCAGUUCCUUGGGCCCUGCCAGUGAGAGGGCUGGAGGGGCACAAGAAGCUGGGAGGGGACACAGUCAGGGCAGCUGACCCGAAGUAGCCAAAGGGAUAUUCCAUACCAUAUGACAUCAUGCUGAGUGUAUAAUCUGGGGGAAGAAGGAAGAGGGGGGGACAUCUGGCAUUAUGGUGUUUGUCUUCCCGAGUAACUGUUACAUGUGAUGGAGCCUGGCUUUGCUGGAGGUGGCUGAGCACCUGCCUGCCCAUGGGAAGUACUGAAUGAAUCCCUUGUUUUGCUUUGCUUGCAUGCACGGCUUUGGAUUUACCUAUUCAAUUGUUCUUAUCUCAACCCUUGAGUUUUACAUUUCUUUCUGAUUCUCCUCCCCAUCCCUCUGGGUGAGGGGGCUUGAGCAAGCGGCUGCGUGAUGCUUGGUUGUCAGCUGAGGUUAAACCACGACAGUACCCAUAGCUGCAUCGUGUGCUUGGGAGCACUCCCACACCAUACAAUGCUAAUGUAUAUGUUUUGUGCAGAGAGAGCAAAGAGGCUUCAGUCCUCUGACAAACGUACUCCUGCUGUGUCACACUGUGAUUACACUGUAAGGAUUCUACAGAGUUAAAUUUCAACGCCUAAACAAUUUGUUCACAGUCUUUUCACAGUCUUUUUCUGAUUCCUGGCAAAGGAAAUGAUUGCACAAGGGAAACCUUCAAAUCUAUCUGAUUGUGCAGAGCACAAUCUAAAUCAGACGUAGCAUAAAUACAUCUUUACACCAGCUAGGCAGUUCUGUCCUAGGCCAGUGACUGUUUGGCCUCUUGUUGCGGGACUUCCCUGGACAAUGUCGCAUGCCAUUAAGUUGUGACAGUGUGAAGUCCUCUCCCACAUACUUUGAGACACCCUGAGCUCUCCUUUGCUGGCAGGCUGCUUCCCUGCAUUGUAUAUACACCUUGUGGCUGGAGGCUUCUCUGGAGUUACAAAGUAGAUCUAGCCCUUUACAGCAGAAUUAUCACUAAUGUGUAUUUUAGGCUUACAUUACUAGGGCAAGAGUUGGGGUUUUUUUCCAGUACUGUUUCACAAGCUCAGCGUUUCUAUUGCAUCCUCUCAUUUGGCUUAAGUCAUCAUCUAAAACUAUAUUAAUGUUUGUAAUUGCUACUCUGGCAGGCUUCAAGUGUGUAUCAUUUGUCUCAAUUUCAUAGAAUAAAAUGUAGAUUUGCAUUUUAAUUCAUUGUGUAAAUGCUGUUUUCAUGCUAGUUUGUGACUGAUGCUAGAGAAGAUGAACAGGCUCAUUUUGCAGCUUAAGCCUGACACCACCUUUGGAUGUUUGUCUCAGUUUGCCACCGAACAGUGCCUACUUCUGAGCUUAGGACAUACAAGCAUUUCAAGUAAGUGUCCAUCUCACAGAGGUAGCUUAUUAAUAGACACAAAGAAAAUUAAGCCAGUGUUUUGGCAGAAAUAAAUCUAAGCAGAAACAGUCCUUAAAUAAUUUUGCCAGUUCCUUUGACUGCAGCAUUGGGAUAUUGCCACCCAAGUCUUUAAAGAUCUUCUCUGGAGGCCUGAGCCAUGAUUUUUGUCUACAUUACUACAGCUAUUAUUAAAUCUACAGAUGUAAACCAGGGCUUUGAAAGAAAUGUGGAUGUGUAAAACUUUACCAUAUUUCAUUCAGUGGAUGGAUUAAUUGGCCUACAAAAGCUCCAUUUUUGUUUGAAUGACUGGAAACCAAGAGGAUCCGAAAAGAGGAAAUUCAAGGAGUUUAGCUCUUGUGCAUAUAGCGCAUAUAGUAUGUUCUGCAAGUGUUGUACAGAGGGAUUUACCAAGGGAUCGCUUUGUCUCAUCUGAAGUAAUCAGUCUGCUGGAGAUCUGCAUCUUAACAAACAAUAUCAUGAAGGAGCUGAGUGGAACUGGUGAAGGAAGAAAGGAAUCUCAUUUUGUGAAGUAAAGCAUAAAGUUACUGUAAUUAGGAAGUGGAUGGAGUGUGAGUAGAUCCUCAAGUUCUUGACUUGGUCUAGGGGGUUGUGAAUUACCUCGGCCAAAAGGGAGUUUUAUGCAUAGGGGGGUGCAGUGGGGUAGCCUUCAGCUUCUGGUGUAAAUUGGAGUCCUCUGAUUUCUGGGCAUGUAGGGGUGGCUGACCAUUGUCCCUUCAGGUGAGGGAUCUGUGAAAACAUGCUUACCUCGGUAUUUUUCUUAAUGGCUGCUUGGUGUCCAGUAUCUUGGUGGUUAAGAGUUUUAGAUCUCCUUGUGUGAUUAGGUUAGAAAGGAAAUACGGAGCAGCACUAGAUUGCAAAGCCAGUGGUUCCACUUCUUGCACUGACAUAGGAUUGGUUUUAUGAUCUUGGAUAAUUAUUACAAAUCCCAAUGUAUCAUCAUCUUCAGCUGUGAAGUACCUGUUAUACUCCUUUUUUAACCUGCAGAAGGGCUGGGAAAAUUAAAUUCAUAUGAGAGGUUGAUGCAGCGGAACUUAAGUUCUUUAUGACUAAUACCAUAUUCAGAAAGGAAUAUUGUUCAAGAACUGACAAAAAUUUACCUAAGACUCUUAGAGAUGCUGAUUUUUAGAAUUUGAGUUGAACUAAAAGCCAGUGGGUUUUGUGAGUUUCCUCAUCUGACACAAUUUCAAUGGAUCUUGGAGAAAGAGGAAAUUACAAUGUCUCUCAUGACUAUAGUAAAACUAUUGAUGUCAUUUUUGUAUAAUACUUAACUGUUAAUAUUGAUGCUACUAUGCUGUAUUCUGCAGUCAGCUCUAUAAUUUAGCUAGUGAAAAUACCUAUUAUAUUAUUACCACUGUACUGUAUUUCUAGAUACUGCACAAAAGAUUGAAUUAAAAAAUACAUAUAAGCAAUACUAAUGCAUAUUUUGAUGAUGAGAAUGCCUUUUAAACCAGUAAAUUGUAUUGUGCUGCCUUUCACAAGAGGUUACUCUUACUUGGGUUAAACACAUUUUGUAGUUGCUUGUGUUCUCUCUCAGAGGUCUGAUCACAAGGCUCGCUGAAUUCUCAGCGAAGUGCUGAGGACCGUGAUCUACUGUCUGUAACAGAAACUGGUUGUGUUCACUAUCGCACAUCAGCAAGCUAUGGAGAAGAACAAUGUGAGUGUACUGAUGCCAUCAUCUUAGCAGAUUUCCACAGAGGUUUUGAAGGCUUGCAUUUUCUUCAGAAAAGUACACUUAUUCUAACCAGUUCCUACCUCCAAACAGAGUUAAAGAAUAGGUACCCAGAUUAACUUUAACUGUUCUAUAUUUUGUUCCUUUUAUAAAAAAAAAAUUUUUUUUGAGAGGGGAGAAAGCAUGUUAAUGUCUUUCUAAAAAACAAGGUUCUUGAUUAUAUUUUGUGUCAAAAUUGGCAACAAAACUCUUUGUAAUCUUGUGACAAGAUUUGUGCCCUUUCUUUUCAAGGGAGGUUUUGUCUUCACUGAUACAGACUAGUGGUGUGUUUUAUCCCUGUUCUAUUUAUAAUUGGGUCUGAUGGCCUCUGUACAUGCUCACCUUUUAAUAUUAGGGCAGUGUUAAAGCCAUUAUCAACCUAAAAGGUUGGAUUACUACCAAGAUGCAGCCUUUGUUGCCCCACAGUGCCAUAAAUUACAUUACAAUCUAUUGCUGAAAAAUUAAUAAUAUACAAUGUAGAGGUCUGAUGGAAUCACGUUAAUGAGAACACUGAAGCUUCAUUGACUUGCAAUAUCAUUGGAGCUCUGAGACAGGUUUAUAGCCUUGUGCAACGUAUAUUUGUGUUGGUUUAGACACAGUAUUUAUUUGGUCACACCCAGUUAAAUGUUUCCUUACUAAAUUAAAAGAAAUACUGGUUAGUUCAAUGAGCUACAAAGGUAUAUAGCAUAAUUUCAGGUUCUCAAGUCACAGAAAAUAAGCCCCAACAAUGGAAAUUGCUAGAGGAUCAAAAAUGAUGGUUAUACUAGAGUGAAUAUGAACAAAGAGGGAAGGGAGUUUUACUGAGUUGGGCAAAGUUAAUUCUUUAUGACUUGAGCAAUGUGUAAAAUUCAGGAAGAACAGCUGCCAUUUGUAGUCUGCUCUGAUCUUUAGGCAACCCCUUCCUGUUACACUUGCACAACGCACACAUGCACACUUGCAAGCAUGGUCAACCAAAAUGUAGUUGUAAUGAUUUCUGUCUUUGCUUUCACAAAGCUUGCCCCUGUAAAGCAUCUUUAGUGGCUGGAGGAGAGCAGGUCAUUGGCAGGUCCUUUGCUCACUAAUGCCAGCUUUAUGGUACUAAUUUCCAUUAAGGUCAGCAGCACCCACCUGAUUUCCGUUGCAGCAAGAAUCAGGCACUGGAUCUGCAUCAGCUAUACUCCUUUGUGCCCUGAACAGCUCUGCUUCUUGCUGGAAACUAAGCAGAAGUGAUAAAAUUACUCUUUUUUUCUUCCCCAAUCGUGCUUCAAAUGAGGGAACAGUAGGAAAAUCUUUCUAGAGCUUUUGGGGAAUGGCUCAUGCUCUGUGUUGGAGACUGAAUCCCCAGCUGUGCAGAGCAUGAGAUAGAAAGGGAGACUGGAAGAAUCGCUAACAUACUGGUGUUGCAGCUAUUACCUGCUUUGGGAAAUGAAUAUGUAAGGAAGCUUCAAGUUUUCUAUCUCCUUUCAUGAGUAAUACUUCCUUGCUGUGGCCGUCUCCAGGUUUGGUCAUGGGGCUUGUCUCUUCCUCCAACUUUGGGGCCAGGCAGUUGCAUCGGUUGGUGAUGCAGUGGCAGUGCCGCUCAUGCCAGCCUAGUAUUGGAUCGUGAUUCCUACAGACAUUUUUGUUUUAUGGGAAUGGAAAGGAGGAUAACUCCAGUGAUUCUAUGAUCAGUUUAACAAUAUGAAACUUUCUUGCUUUUAGUCACUCCAAAGCAAAUCCUGCAGUAGUUUAUCUGUGAAGACUGCAAGGGCUUGGAGCACACCAGAAUCCAGGAGGCAGGGAAGGGGGCAAGGAAAGCAGCCCUUGUGCCUGUGCUGCUUAUAUGCCACCAUAGCCACAGAGAUGCAGCUGAAAUCAGUCUGUCCUUAAUUGCAUGGAUUAAGACCCCACCCUUCCCUAGAAAAGACAAAGUACAGCGUAUACCCAUAGGGCUGAGAGGAUUUAUAGAUUCCUCUCCCCUUCUCCAUCCCAUGUCCAUUUGGCAGCAGUGCACCAGCCUUGCCUGGUUGGGUCUGGCACAGGGAGAACUUCCACCUCCUCAGGAUGUCCCAGGAGUGUUGUUCAUUAGUGCUUUGAAGUUGAAAACUGCUCUGAGUGCUAAGUGUUAUUACUGUUUACCAGUGUGAUCAAUGUGUAGCUGACCUUAACUCAUUUUCUUGUGGUAAUUCCCUUGGUUAAAGUGGAGAACAUGAACUGUUUUGAUGGCAGUGUUUUAAGAAGCUGCCAUUUCAGAAGCUAUAGCUGUGCCUGUGAUACAUCGCCUUGUCUGACAGCAAGAGGGGAAACUUGGCUUUCUCUCUGAGGUGUGGAGCUCCAGUUUGGACCAUCUCCCCAUAUUUAUGUAUCUUUUUAUAUCAGGCACGACCUACUAGUAACAAAAUCUGCUAAUGUUUUUGCCAUUGACUCGAAUUAUCAUGAGGUCAUGAAUCAUUAUUUUAGGCCUAGCCCUUCCCCCUCCCAAGGAUUUUUUAAAAUCCUGAUUUUUUUGUUUAUGUUAAUGUAGUUGUACAAUGGGAACGUUUGGUAAAAUUGCUGUUUGAUUUACAAUAGAAGAAUGCUUUAGCAGCUGUUUCAUAGCAGUUUAACUACUCUGACCUAAAUGACUGUUCUUAAGCGAUUGAAAAGUGAUUGAAAAGGUGAAAAAGUCCAGGACUGUCCUCUCUUGUAUUUUGUGUGCAUCUUUUUAAAAAUAUCUUUGGAACGGCUUUACAAACAAUUUGAGUUCCUCCGCAGAAUUCAGAUGAGAGAAAAGAAUGUCAGUUUACUGGGACUUGUUCUCUGACCACCUGAGAAAAAUGAGGUUUUCAUCUUCUUGAGCAUCAUCUGGAGUUAUAAUAAAAAAUGUGCUCUCAGCUGGAUUCCUUCUGUGUGAAAAUGGAGCUACAUCAUUGCACACCUAAAGGAAGGACACAGAACUACAAAAGCAAUCUGAAACCUGGAUUUUUCCUGCUCCUCAGAGACCACAGAUAAUUUUCUGUAAUCUUAAUGAAAAUGAUUUGAAUCUUGAAGGAGGGAUAUACCUUUCCUUUCCCCUCAACCUAAGUGGUCCAAAGGACCAGACCUAGAGAUCCUUUUAUACACAGUUAAGUCACCUGUCAGGUUCAUAGUGUGAAACCCCCUUGCAAUAGCUGUUAAGGAACUGAAAAAGAUCUACAAAACAAAAAGGUAAUUUGCGAAAAUUCACUAGUAAGGUAAUAAAACUUAAGCUGAAUGUUCAUUCCAAUCUGUUGCAGAUGAAUGAAAUGUGGUGCUAGUGUGUUGGAAUCCUGGGGUGGUAAGACACACGAAGAAUACAUAAAAGAUGAAUGUUAGUUAAAUAGUGCUGUUGAGAGGCCAUCCUGCUUGUCUGGGGAGCUGGUCCUGAAAAUUCUCAGCCAGGCAGAAGCUUUUGUUGAUUUGAGGGUGACUGUGCACUGAAGGAAGGUUCCCGGGCCUGGGCAUAUGGCAGUCAGAUGACGGCGGCACAGCUCCCGUGAUGUGCUCUGGGCUGGUGGGAUGGUUAGAUGACAAAACUCUGCAACUUCACACAAGUGCACUGUAAUUUGAAGCUGUUCUGCAGGGAACUGUAGGCAGCAAGUACAGUUUGUAAGCCUGAUAAAAAUUCCAUUGUUUAACCACCAUCGAUUUACUGCUGCAGGUUGGCAAACCAAGUGAAAGAACAAAGCAACGGAGAGAUUGGAUCUGGCUUCAUAAUGCAGUUGAAAAACUCCUCAUUUGAAGAGUGUUUACCAUAGCCCCCAAAGCAGAGCAUGAGGUCUUCUCUGUCUUCAGUUGCUGUAUCGUUGUGCCUUGAGCGGACAGCUGGUUCAUCUGCUUCCUUCCCUUUUUCCUGCUGAAUGAAAUAGUGGUUCAGUCAGUUUUGUCUGGAUUUCCUUCAUCUUGCCUGUCUUUUUGGUUUUUAAUUCUUUCAUUUGCUUUAACUCAAAUUCACUGAUACACAUAUCUCCUACAUGACUUUAUCUGUGGGAGAGAGGCAAGAAUCUCUCCUUCAGCUCCUUCGGAUGCUUUUACAGACCUCUGAGUACUCUUCUGUUCCUUGAUUCCAGGUUGUGAUGCACUUAAAUAAUUUGUCCUGUGUUUUUGUUUAUUUGACUAGUUACUCUUUAUGUCUUCUUCAGCCCGUGUGAAUUACCACUCCACACAUUGCUUGCCAGAGUUCACAGUCUUUUUGUUUGACUUUACUUUUUCCAAGACUGGUUACUGAGUCUUGGCAGAAUUGUUACAGCAUUUCGGAAACAGCUGGUUUUUGCUGUGACAAUAGGCUGAUGUAUGCCUCAAAAGCAAACACACAGGCCUGCAUGUUAAAUGCUUACAGUGUCGUGACAAGCACAACCAGUUUUUUUAAGUCCUUUAAAAAAAAAACAAGGUGGAGAUUCAAAAUAGGAAAUAAUUGAGAAGAAAUAUUCCUAAACUGAGGAGCAGGCGUGCUUGAGAUUAGCCACACAGUAUCAGCUGUGAGGAAAAUUGCAAAGAAGAUCUCUUGCAGUGAAAGACUUCAAGAGGAGAGGAAAACACCAUGGGCCCCAUGAUGUCCUGUGUAUAGGCAACGUAGCACGUGCGUGCCUGCACAAUUUCUGCUGGGUUGUAUCCCAAUAAAGGUAUCAUGAAGCAAAUGCAGCUCUACUUACCCAGCAAGACAGGGUGUUCUUAUUUUACAGAAUUUGUUUAUUGCUUCAAAUAAACUG